AGAAGAGGUGGACUAACUCAAAGAGAUUCUUCCUGGGAGAGAGAGUUAAGAAAGAUGGCAGAGAGAAGAACUUGUAUGGUUUAAUGCACACUGGACAGUGAAUGAGAAAUUAAAUGACAUGAGUAUCAGGAAUGAAGAUGGAAUGACUUCAAACUCCCAUAGGCUGUUUUUUCGAGUGGACAUGAUCUAUGAACUGCAGACUUUGAGAUGUUUAUGCAUUGAGAAUGGGCUGUGACCACAGGAGAGGGGCUUACUUUUCACAUCCGUACCUUUGCGAUUACUUUUUAAAGAGUUUGUUUUUGUAUCUUUCCUUCUUGACGGCAAAAUGUGGAUAUGGACAAAUGGACAGAAGCGUUUACUUGCAUCUCAUCAGCCUUGAUUUGGCUAUAAAUUGUGAUUACAUUAGAUGAUGGAUUGGAAAGAAGUGGCUGCUCAGAAGCUGAAUCUGUCAUCCAAAAGGAAGAAGCAGCAGCCACCACUUGCAUACCCCCAGGAACCAUCCAUCUACCCCACUAACUUUAGUGCUGUUCUCCAGUUCUCCCCUCCACCUGCUCCACCAUGUCUACUCAGGGCGGGGUCAAAGGCCAAGGAGAACCCUGGCAUGGGCAAGGUCAAAGUGAUGAUGCGGAUCUGUCCAUCUAUGGGGGUUCUAGAUUCAUCUGAGUCCCUGUCCUUCUUGAAGGUGGACACUCGUAAGAAACAGCUGACCCUCUAUGAUCCCUCCCUCAACACACAGCCCACCUCAGUGCAAAGACGUGCAGUGCUGCCUGCCCCAAAGAUGUUUGCUUUUGACUCAGUUUUUUCCCAAGAUGCCUCUCAAGCUGAAGUUUGCUCAGGGACAGUGGCUGAAGUUAUUCAGUCAGUGGUGAAUGGAGCAGAUGGGUGCAUAUUCUGCUUCGGUCAUGUCAAAGUUGGAAAGACAUACACCAUGAUUGGCACAGACAGCUCCACCCAGAGCCUUGGCAUUGCUCCCUGUGCCAUCUCCUGGCUGUUCAAGCUCAUCAACGAGCGUAAGGAGAAGACUGGUACACACUUCUCUGUGCGGGUGUCAGCCGUGGAAAUCUACGGUAAAAACGAGAGUCUGCAGGACCUGCUGUCGGAUGUCCCCACGGGCAGUCUGCAGGAAGGCCAGUCUCCUGGUGUCUACCUGCGGGAAGACCCCAUAUGUGGUACACAGCUCCAGAACCAGAGUGAGUUAAGGGCACCCACCGUAGAGCAGGCUGCCCUGUUUCUUGAUGCAGCCAUCGCAGCACGUAGCACCAGCCAGCCAGAUGCAGACGAGAAAGACCGUCGCAAUUCCCACAUGCUGUUCACCUUGCAUAUCUACCAAUACCGCAUGGAAAAGAGUGGCAAGGGUGGAAUGUCUGGUGGUAGGAGCCGGUUGCAUCUGAUUGACCUGGGAAGCUGUGAGAAGGUGCUGAGUAAAAGCAGAGACGGAGGAGGAGGUCUGUGUCUUUCUCUUACUGCGUUGGGCAAUGUCAUACUGGCUUUGGCCAAUGGAGCCAAACACGUCCCAUAUAGAAAUAGCAAGCUCACAAUGUUACUGCGUGACUCUCUGGGGAACAUCAACUGUAGGACAACAAUGAUUGCCCACAUAUCGGACUCCGCUGCCAAUUAUACAGAGUCUCUCACCACCAUUCAGUUGGCCUCCCGAAUCCACUGCAUGAGGAAAAAAAAAUCAAAGUAUGCAUCAAGUUCUUCUGGAGGAGAGAGUUCCUGUGAUGAGGGAAGGAUCCGUCGACCACCACACUUGCGGCCUUUUCAUCCCCGAACUGUUGCCCUUGACCCAGAUUUACCAUCAUUGUUUAGUGAUCCAGACUAUUCUUCAAGCAGCGAGCAGUCAUGUGACACUGUUAUUUACGUUUGCCCUGGUGGCGCUGCCAUCUCUGAUCAAGAACUCAGUGACAAUGAGGGUCCCCCAGCCUUUGUUCCUAUCAUCCCUUCUCUUAACCGCAAGCACAGAGGAAAAGAUGGCCCAGUUGACCAAGACCACUUCAAAUGCAACACCUUUGCUGAGCUUCAGGAGCGAUUAGAAUGUAUCGAUGGUAGUGAGGAACCUACAGCUUUUGUUGGAGAGUCUGGAGGAAAUUCUACAAGCCAUAAAAUGGACUGUAGUGCAACCAAGUUGAAAGAAGGCUCCAGUUCCAUUUCGGUUUCUCCAUUUUUAUCAACACAGGACAGCAUAUCAACAAAGUCCAUUUCUGUUGUCAGUAAACUGCCCAGCAGUCCAAAACACAAGUACAGACCAGAACAUUCCAAGUGUCAAAGUGCCAAAACAUUAGACAAAGAUCUCAAAGACAUGUCUGAGAGUGUGUGUAGGACAAGUGCAGAUGGUGAAAAGGUGCAAAUGUCAGAAAAUGGAGCACUUUGCACCCCAAGAAAACAAAGUAAUUCAACAGCAUCCCAAAACUCAGAGCCUGUGGUUAGGGAAAAAAUAUUUUUCAAUAAAAAACAGUUACCCAAGCCUGCUCCCCCACCACCACAACAACGAGAUUAUGUAAGGGUCAAUAGUGACACUGAAGAAAAGUCUGCCACAAGGAUACCACCAAUUGGGAUGAGCCAUCAAAAAAGAGGGGAUUCAAAUGAGAAUUUUCCUGUCAGAGUAUAUCAUCUUAACCCCAGUACUCCUGUUGAAGUAAGGUCCAAUCUUAGUGAAAGAUACAUGGAAAAGGACAUCUUAAAGACAACUGUUACCCUCCAACAGCCAGUGGAGUUGAAUGGUGAGGAUGAGCUUGUGUUCACUCUUGUGGAAGAGUUGUGUAUUGGCAGUAUUGUGGACAAUGGGAGGCCCUCAAGUAUAGUUAGCUUCAAUAGUGAUUGCUCAUUACAGGCACUCGCCUCAGGGUCACGACCAGUAAGCAUCAUUAGCAGUAUAAAUGAUGAGUUCGAUGCAUAUUCAUGUAGUGUUGUUUCCUCAGAGCCAAACAUUAAAAUGGUGGCACCACUGCAGGAGAAAACCUUUGCUUCACUGGGGAGUCAUGGGUCUUCUAUCACCUCAUGGCUCAGUGAAGUAAGUGUCUGUACACUUGAGAGUGAAGGUGCCCAAUCAGCAGACGUUUUUCUCCCUCAAGGGGCUCAUAAUGGCCCAGAUCGCAGUUUUUACUUUGAAUCUCUAAGCAUGUUCCAAAGCAGGCCACAAAAGGAGUCUAAAAACUCUUUGAAUGAUAGUGGCUGUAGCUUCUCAUUGGAUAGCGACAGUGCUACAUCAAGCAAACUCUCCCUUAGCAAGUGCCCAUCCUCUCCAGAGGCCUUGAAAGUACCUGCCAAAAGUUUACCAAAACUGGAAAAGGCAAAUACCAUUCAUGUAUCUGAUCCCCAGUCCACACGAGACCCUCUGGUUGUCCAGCGCAAUCUUUCCAGGAAAUUAAAACCUACCUCAUCCAUAACCCAGAAUAGCAGUGUCAGUGGAAGCAGCACUAGUAGCAGUUGGAGACGUGAGCCACCUAGGCAAGACUGCAUACCAGAUAAUCCAUGGCAUAGAACAGAUAGCUCAUUGGAGUCUUCAAUAAACUCUAAUUCAGGUUCUUCAUCCAAACUGGUGAAAAAUGGAAUGAGCAGAAUUCCUGCAAGAAAAGCAGGAACAAACAGCAACAGUGUACCUCGAAUGCCCCCUAAAACAUUGGGGUCAAACCCAUCCCAAAGGAUAGUGGAUGGAUGUGAAAAAUCCAGCAAAAACAGGAGAAUAGAUCCCCCUAGCAAGAUGCCACAGUUCAGACGAGGAGCAACAACACUUGGGACAGUUCCAGUCAUCCAUGCAUCCAUUGAUGCCAAGGUUGUUCAAGAUAUGAGUUCAUCAACAGGCAGUUUGAAGUUCUCUUCAUUGGGAAAAAGUGUAAAGACAAGUAAGCAGGAGGAGAGUAUGUCAAAACAUGGAAAUGUAUCUCCACCUCCCCCACCAGUUCGCAAAUCCAGUUUGGAUCAAAAUAAUCGAAUCCUGUUUCCCUCAAGUGCCUUAAAGUCUGCUCAUGAUGCAGGAAAUUCUAUAGCACCAAGGGCUACAGGUUCAGAGGAUGAGACUGAUUUUUGCUGUAGGGGUGACUCAAAUAGUGCAAUAGCAUCAAACUUAAAGUCAGACCAUAGUUUGAUAAAAGUGACCUCCAAUCUUAAGGCUAGAGGAGCUAGAGGAGAUAUAGGUCAGCUGUAUGGAAGCCAGAUAUCUCUUGACAGAUGUGACAGUUUGUCUUCUUUGGGGUCUAAACCUGCUCUUAGUCGAGAGAACAGCGGAGCUAGUCUCAACAGCAAGUCAAGUAAAUCUGUCAGCAGACCUGUUGCCACCUCUUUCCCAAUUUCUACCUCUACACCUUCUUCUAUAAACCCAGUCAUCACUGGAAAAAGUGGGCUUGUCAAAGGAACCCUAACUACAAGACCAGUACCUGUAAAUGGAAACAAAUCUCGUACAUUGUCUGCAAGCAACUCCAAAGCCCUGAGUUCAUCCACCAGGUCUCUUGCUGUUCCUGCAACAAGGAAUGUUAACCUUCCACCUUCAGGAAAGAAUGCAUUACCUCGAACAACAGUUGAAGGCAAUGGUAAAUCCACAAGAGGAACUAUUAUGGGUACCAAGCAAGCAAUGCGGGCAGCAAACAGUCGCGUUAGUGAAUUAGCAAUGGCCAAUACUUCUGGAAAACACUCUAGGGUAUCAGGUGAUUCAGACAGUGGCAAUGACUGUGGAGUCAACCUCAAUGAAGACAAGCCUACCCCCAUCCCAAUUCUCCCUUCCCCGUAUAGUAAGAUCACAGCCCCCAGAAGACCUCAGCGCUACAGUAGUGGGCAUGGAAGUGAUAACAGUAGCAUCCUAAGUGGGGAGUUACCUCCUGCCAUGGGACGAACUGCACUCUUCUACCACAGUGGUGGAAGCAGUGGUUAUGAGAGCAUGAUCCGUGACAGUGAAGCAACUGGCAGUGCCUCUUCAGCCCAUGACUCUGUGAGUGAGAGUGGGAUGUCCUCCUCUGGUCGCACAAGGAGCUCCAAAUCACCCAAGAAGAGAUCAAAUGGCCUCCAGAGGCGGCGUCUCAUCCCAGCUCCCUUGCCAGACACCGCAUCUCUCGGUAAGGCUGGGACCACAGGCCAGUGGGUGGACCUUCCCCCUAUGCCUGGACCACUGAAAGAGCCUUUUGAGAUCAAGGUGUAUGAGAUUGAUGAUGUUGAGCGGCUUCAGCGCAGAAAACAGGAGAAGGCAGAUGAGGGCCUAAUGUAUUUUAACACUAAAUUGAAGAUUCUUGAGAAACGAGAGCAGCAGAUCAAAGAUCUCAGAGCCAAACAUAAGACUCUGAAAGACGAGCUUGAGGAAACCAAGUCUAGACUAAUGAUGGACCCCAGCAAGUGGAUAGGAGAGUUUGAGGUAGAACAGGAUAUGGAUCAGGAGUCGCAGGAGUACCUAGAUGCGUUGGAGCAGGCAACGUCAGAAUUGGAAUACUGCGUCAACCUAUGCAAGUCCCGUGUCAUGAUGGUAACCUGCUUCGAUAUCCAUGUAGCAUUUGAUGUGCAAGAAGGUCUGCAAGAAGUGGAGGUAUAAGAUCAGGAUGUACAGCAGAAAGAGAUGGCGAGAUGGAGAAAGAAAGACAGAACCCUGGAUGUCUGAACGGAAGGAUAAUAAAAUGUAGCAGCCUGUCUGGCGAUUCUGAGAAACAAAAAUGGAACAAAGGAAGAUCAUAAUAAUAGGACGGAACACUGAAUUCUGCAUGAAGAAGUAACUUGUUAUCUUCUGGAAAAGAGAAAAUCUUUCUGGCAAAAUGCAGUGCCUCAUUACAAACGUAUUGUAUAGACUUCCUCAAAUGGAAAGCAAACAAGCUUUGGUGCAUUUGACACGUUUCCUGACCUGAGAAAAAAAAAAUCCUUCUAAUUUACCGAAGAGUUAUUCAACCACAACACAAAGUGCCUUUUUCAAAUGACUGUUGUGUAGAUUGUUUGUCAAUCUUUUUUUUUCAACUGGUGCUAGUUCUAAGACCAGCAUACUCAAGCCGAACCAUUUUUUUGUUUAUUUUUUACAAUUAUUUGAUUGCAUUUUAUAGUGUAUUUAUAUAAUCAUGCAGUGUGUAAAAUGUCAUUUUGGGUGAGAAAGGAGAGCAAUAAGCUGAUUUUCCACAGUUUGCCUUUGCCUCUUAAACUUUCACUUCUGGCAGCAUAUUGUUAUUAAACCUUUUGAGCCUCAUGUUCUAUUUCUUGUUAGUGUAUGAGUGAUUUUUUACAUCUUGCCUUUUUAAGGAACACAAUUUGUUAGUCUCAUGUAAUGCAAGCCAGUUUCUCUAAAAAUAUUUCCCCAAACUCAUUUGGGUAUUCCAAGCUGUAAGAUCCAAGUUAUGCCACUGGUUUGAGAUUGGACUAUCUGUUUGUUUCACCAAUGGAAGUUGGUGGGUGUUUUCAGGAAACCUGAGAAAUAUUCAUCAUUUUUGAAAUUCCAUUUGGUGACGCUAGUGGAAUAUAAAUUACACACUUCACCUUUACCGUGUUGAUUUCCCUUUACAAACAACACUUACAGAAAGAAUCACUUGUUGUGUAUUGAAUUGGUACUAGAUUUACCUAAAAGGUGCUCAAUGUGAAUGUAAAUUCAAACAUUUUAGUGAACAACACAAAAAAGAGUGUACAAUUUCAAGCCUCAAUAAUGGUCCUCAGCAGAUAAAUUAGUCAUCAUUGUGCAUCAACUGAACAUCAUUGUUAUGGUAACAAUGGAUGUGUCUUGUUGGAUAGGUGCAUUCUAUUAAAAUGCAGAUCAAACUGUUGUUCUUGUUUACUUUAAAUAGUCUCUUCAGCAAAGAGUAUUCAUCGGUGUAACCUGACAUGUCUAGCCCAGCCUCUCUCUGUGGAUGCAUUUCUAUCUGCAUUAAAGAGCUGGGUGAGGUGACAUUUGUGCAGUAAAAGACAGAGUCAGUCCUCUCUAAUACUAUUUAGACAACAACAACAGUGAUUUGGAAGGAACCUUAAAAUAUCUGAUGCGAUUUUACACAUUGUGGCCCCUUCAGUGGCAUAUGUGAUAAUAUUGAUAUCCUUCUGAAGACCAGUUUAGACCAGCAUGGUCUUUCUGGUGAAGCUGAGUAACCAAGGAAGUCUUGCUGUUUUGAGAUAAAUUAGACACUUGGUGGGGAUCCAGCAUAUCCGCAUCCCAUGCUGAAGACCAACAAAGCACAACAUAUAGGUCUACUGGUGACUACAUAUGCUGGACUUUUCAGCAGGGUAAGACACUUAAUAUAUACUAAGGAAGGUUCUUCUUGAAUGUCAUAAAAAUGAUCUUACCUGACCUGUCCAUGUCUCCAAACAUUAUGAACACCAACAUGCAAUGCUUCAGUUGAUGACACGCUGCAGGUUUUUUAAGAUGUACACUGUGGAUGUAGAUCCAGGCCUUAGUCCUAUGCAUACAUGCAAUCAUGGUGCUAAUCAAACAACUUCAAAAUGCAACAGGAAGCAUUUGGCACAAAGGAUUGUCUUGAGAGCUAGCCUUCACCAGUUUCUGAAUUGUACGAUCAAUACCUUAUAGUGCUCCGGGUGUUAAACUCAAUGUGCUGUUUAAUGACUGCUGUAAAAGAACACCUGCAAUGUUUUUAUUUAUGUCAUAGAAGCUGAACUUUAGUUGAGAAAGUGAUUCAAUGUUUUCACAUGUAGCUGCCAGAAUGGCUUUCAUGUUUCUUUUCUGUUGAAGUAUGGUUGUGAAUGACCUUUAGAUCUCAUACAACAUUCAAGUUACUUUUUGUCAUUGACAUGAGAAAAGAAAAUCCUGGAUUUAUUUACUUUUAUAUACAUACUCUCAUGCCCUUUUUCAAGAUGCUGCAUGAAAUUUGUAUUUUUUCUAAACUUUUUUCCUUUUAUUUGAAUUUUGUAAUAAUUAUGUUGGCAUUCAUUAUACUUUAUGAACAUGGAUUUAACCGACACCAAACUGAUACUUGCUUUGAAAGCUGACAAUGUAUGUUGAGUCAUGUUUCAAAUCUAAGCAUAUUUUUGUAUCUUUUUUUUUUUUUUUUUGUAAAGAAGUUUCUGAACCUUUGUAUAAAUGUAUAUGUUGGCAGCUUGGGAUAACACUGUUUUUCUUGUGAAUAAAA